AUGGCGCCGGUGACUGACUGUAUGAAGGGGAAGACUUUUAUAUGGACUAAGGUGGCAGAAUUGGCUUUUCAGUUAAUCAAGGAAAAGCUUAUAACGACACCAAUUCUAGUUAAACACGAAGAUUGGACGUGUUUCGAGGAAAAUAAGUGGAGUGGAUUGGGAUAUGAAAGAAAAUCCGAGAGGUUGGAGACAUUAGAAGAAAUGCAAGUUGAGGAAGUAACUCCGGUAAUAGCAAUGGUGGAUGAUGUUGCUUCAGGGUUCAAAGAGAAUAUUUCCAUUGCUACAGUUAGUAUGGUUGAGGAUGUUAGAUUGGAGAAAGAUAGAGAGUUAGGAGAACCGCUUAUCCCAAUCCAACUUGGGGAUUUCAAGACGGAUAACGCUUUAUUGGAUUUUGGAGCUAGAGUGAGUGUUCUCCCAAGGUAUGUUUAUGACAUGUAUGAAUUGGGUCCAUUGCAACAGGUUAAUGCUUCUAUGAUGGUGUUAGCUGAAUACUCACAUGAUGGAAUGGGUUUGGAAUGGUUAAACACGAAGAUUGGACGUGUUUCGAGGAAAAUAAGUGGAGUGGAAUUGAAGAUCUUGGGAUAUGUGGUCCAGGCUGUGAAACAUUGGCGUCAUUAUUUGUUUCACAAGGAGUUUGUUUUAUUUACAAACCAUGAUUCGUUGAGGCAUAUCCGCAGUCAAGAUAAAGUAUCAGAUAAGCAUGCUUGGUGGAUGGCUUUGUUGGAAAAGUUUACUUUUGUUGUGAAGCAUAAGUCUGGAAUUUCGAAUCGGGUGGCGGAUGCCUUGAGUAGAAGGAGUAACCUGCUUGUCUCUAUGAGAGUUGUUGUACCCGGGCUAGACAGUCUCAUGGAACAACUCACAUCAGAUCCAUAUUUUUCUGUUAUUUUGCAGGACGUGCAAUUUGGGAAGAGGACAGAUUUUUCUUGUGCAUGA